UAACCAAUCAAAAUUGAGAUUACGUCUCAUACAAUCUGCGCUAAGUUUAAAGUGCAGCAAUUGUUGCAUGGGAAAUUAUCUGCUGAUAUUCUUCUGCAACCCAUGAGUUCUCGUGAAAAGUAUGUAUUCUACAAAGACAGACAAGAAUGGGAUGAUGUUAAUCCGAUUCCUCAGGAUGAUGGAGGUCGGAACAUUGUAAAUAUAGCAUAUUCUGAAGAAUUUGUUGAUGCACAUGACUAUUUUCGUGCAGCCUUAAUGAAGGACGAGCGUAGUGAGCGGACAUUUUCACUAACCUCUGACAUUUUAUUGUUUAAUCCCGCCAACUACACAGCUUGGGAGUACAGAAGACGGAUCAUCGAAGAAAUUUCACCUGACCUAAAUGGUGAGAUGCGUUUCGUUGGUGGGCUUAUUGAAGACUAUUCAAAAAAUUACCAGUUAUGGCAUCAUCGACAAUGGGUUGUCGAAAAAUUAUCACAACAGAAUCAAAAUAACUCCAGCUUUAUAACACAUCUUAGUUCAGAGGAAUUAGAUUUUGUUGGGUCUGUUAUUUCAGAUGAUCCUAAAAAUUAUCAUGCUUGGCAGCACCGUCGGUGGAUUGUAACUUUUUUCAAUGUGCCUGUUAAAACAGAGCUAGCAUUCACCGAACAAACGCUUUCCAGUGACGUUUAUAAUAAUUCGGCUUGGAAUCAUCGUUACUAUAUUGUCAUGUGUGACGAAGGUUUAUCAUCUACCGUUCUUCAGCGUGAAAUAGAUUUUGUUCAAAGACGUAUCUCCUUUGCUCCGAAUAAUGAAAGUUCAUGGAAUUAUUUUUAUGGUUUGCUAAUGCCCAUAGUACGUGGGAAAAAACAUAUUCAUAAUUCUUCGUGUAAACUCUUAGUUGAUCAGAAUUCGAAUAUUAAGCAAAAUAUUAUGUCUGAUCUUCAAAUUAUGCAGAAAUUUGCAGAGGAAUUGGUUGCAUCUGAUCAAAUAGCUGGUGAUUGUUUAGCACCGCUUAGUUUCUUGGUUGAAGUGUAUGCUGAUUGUUUAGAAUCCUAUUUUACUGAAAAAUCAGGUAGUACGUGCGAAACACAUUCUAGUCUCAAUGCUGUUGGUGUGACUUCUGAUGACUCGAAUAAUGCCAGUUCUGAUCCCAAAGAAAUAUUUGACCGAGCUGUCAAUUUAUGCGAACGUUUGGCCCGUGAAGUGGAUCGAGUUCGAGCUAAUUAUUGGCAAUAUCGUGCUCGUCAGUUAAUGUGCUUUGCCAAAAAAUUCAACCUAAUUCCAGAAAUCACUAUACCAUAAACAUCUAAACUAGGUUUUACAAUUUUGCAUCAAAAAGUAACUUAAUAAAUGACGUUUGUAAUAUUUAUUUCUGCUGAUUGUACUUGUUUCACGAAUCAUAAGCCGUCACAUACUCCUUAGGCUUCUAAUAGAAUGUCUUCACUUUUAGAGUUUGGAGUUAAGCAUCUUUUUUUACGACGGAAAAUAGUUUUCAGCCUUUAAAAAAGCAGUUAUUAAAAAAUAUAUAAUAAUUUAUUAGUGUGCAGUAUACAUAAGAGUAUAUCACAGAUCAUUCUGAGAGCUACCAAAGUUUAUGUAAAAACAUUAACCUUGUGAAUUCACUUUUAGUUCUACACAGCUCAAAUAAAUACUUAUGGUUUAAAUUGGGAUAGAUU